CAGCACUAGACUCAAUUUGUGUCCAGGAAACAGGCCCCAUAUGUAUUACUGACAUGCUUGUCCUUGUUCAGGACUCCACACACUGGCUUCAGAUUGAACCCUUGACUUCCACUGUCCAGGGAGUGACAAUGUUCAGGCACAGGACACCCAAAGGGAGUUAUGAGUGCACAGUGUCUGGGCUCCGCUGGCUGUGUGAGAGAGAUGUCAUUCUGAAGUAUCACUUCAGGAACUGGGAACCCUACAGUCAACUUCUGAAAGGCAUGCAGUACACACAAGGUGGUCCAUUGCUGGACAUCACUAUGGAGUUAGGUGAACUGGAGGAAGUUCAUCUGCCACACUUUGUCUGUUUAGGGACCAACCCUUCCCUGAGGAAUGAGAUGAAGAUUCUUCAUGUAGAGGAACAUGGAGUGUCUUUAGAGGAAGUGUAUGAGGUCACCAGAUUCCAUGCUAAGAUUCUCCAUCCCAAGUUCUCAGCUAUCUCUCUGAUACUGAGAUUACUGUCUUGGAACGUAGAUGUCCACUGUGAGCUGAUGCUCUAUCUGACAGUGAUAAAGGAUAAACUAAUUCCACGCCUAUACCUGUUUCCCAGUGACCCCGGCCAGAUACAGGCUGUGGAACAACAGGAAAUAAAGUUUCAAGGAUCUAAAAGGUUUCCCAACACAAGACCAGAGCGGUCUUUCAAACUGAAGAGUUCCUUCAGACUGAACAUUCCCUGUUCUACCUCCAUCAAUCCACCGAGGAUUCAUCUCAUACAUAGAGACACCACACCAAGCUUUUUCAGGGCGGUUGUGAAAAUGACAGGGAUUGACAUUGCGAUGGAAUUAUUUGGUGAUGAUGAGACGACAGCGUGGAAAGAAAUAGUACCAACAGAUGAAUACAUCUCUGACACCCGUUCAACAAGUGCUGUGUUGGGGGCAGGGCGUCCGCCUGAGAGAAGUCUGACUGGUUCUACAAAACUGCAGCUGCGUUCUGUACGGACAGAGUUUGUGAAACGAGUGUCAAGACCUGUCCUGAAUGAACUGCUGGACGGACUCCUGCAACACACAGUCAUCAACCAGGAGGAAAUGGAGUCAGUGAAGGUGAUCGCUGAGAGGGCAGAGAAGGCACGUGACAUCAUCGACAUGGUGUUGAGAAAAGGAACUGAGUCGUGUUCCAGGAUGAUCAACCUUCUUCGGGAGAUUGACCCCUAUCUUUGGUCAAUGCUUCAGAUUAACAGUGUUGGGGUACCAACCUAAUGGUAGAAUGGAUAGUAACAGUGUUGGGGUAUCAUUGUAAUGGUAGAAUGGAUAGUAACAGUGUUGGGGUAUCAUUUUAAUGGUAGAAUGGAUAGUAACAGUGUUGGGGUACCAACCUAAUGGUAGAAUGGAUAGUAACAGUGUUGAGGUACCAACCUAAUGGUAGAAUGGAUAGUAACACUGUUGGGGUACCAACCUAAUGGUAGAAUGGAUAGUAACAGUGUUGGGGUACCAACCUAAUGGUAGAAUGGAUAGUAACAGUGUUGGGGUA